GAGGGGACCGAUCCGGUCUCCUCCAUCCUCCUAUUGCCCGCCCCAUCCCACACCCACCCCGACCUUCCACCUCCCCCGCCCCCGACGCCGUCUGCCCAAGGAGGGGGAAAAUGGGAGUCCAGUAAGCAGGCAGCGCAGAGAAGGAAAGGAGGUGCAGGGAGAGGAGGUAGUGGUGGUGGGUUUGGGGGACUGAGUUUUUCCAAGUGUCACCUCCAAGAGGGAGGAGAGAGAGGCGGAGGAGGAGAGCACUGUGGGCAGAGGAGUGCCCACGCCUUGGCCCCCUCUUCUAGGGCACCUCCAACGGGCACAGAGGGAGAGAGAAGGGAGAGGGAGAGAAGUCAAUCACUCUCGUCUUGAGCUUCACUUGCUCCUUUUUUUUUUUUAACCACUUUGGUUUUGGAUGCCAUGGGUAACAGCUUCUCCAGCAUCCCUGCCCUGCCCAGAGGAAACCAGAACAGAUGCCACAGGGCUCACCAUCAACACCUCAAAGUGCUCUCUGACAGUGGGACUGAGAGGUGGCUCCACACACACUGCUAUGGGGGGACAGAUCACCCGGAACACCCUGUACGAUUCCAUAGGUGGGCCCUUCCCAGCCUCUUCUCAUCGAUGCCACCACAAGCAAAAGCACUGCCUACCCAUCCCCCAGUGUGGGACCCUCCCCCUCAGCCCACUGCUCUUCCACCCCCAUACCAAGGGCUCCCAAAUCCUCAUGGACCUGACCCAGAAGGCGGUGAAGAGGCAGGCGAGCUUCUGCAAUGCCAUCACCUUCAGCAACCGGCCCAUCGUCAUCUACGAGCAAGUCAGGCUCAAGAUCACCAAGAAGCAAUGCUGCUGGAGUGGGGCCCUCCGGCUGGGCUUCACCUCCAAGGACCCGUCCCGGAUUAACCCCGACACACUGCCCAAGUACGCGUGCCCAGACCUGGUGUCACAGAAUGGUUUCUGGGCCAAAGCCCUGCCAGAGGAGUUUGCCAACGAAGGAAACAUCAUCGCCUUCUGGGUGGACAAGAAGGGCCGGGUCUUCUACCGGGUGAACGACUCAGCAGCCAUGUUAUUCUUUAGCGGAGUACGCACUACAGACCCCCUCUGGGCCCUCAUCGAUGUCUAUGGCCUGACCCGUGGUGUACAGCUGCUAGAGAGCGAGAUCAUCCCACCAGAUUGCCUCCGCCCCCGCUCCUUCACCGCCAUCCGCCGCCCCUCGCUACGGCGCGAGACCGAGGACACCCGACUCUCCGUCAGCCUGUGCGACCUCAACGUGCAGGAGGAUGGCUUCCAGGUGAUGGCCACCGUGUGCCCCAUCCCGCAGAACUCGCUCAACAACCAGCACUCUCACCUCCUCCCAACCCAGCUGGAGAGUGACCUGCGCUUCCACCAGCUGCGGGGCGCCCACAUCAAGAUCCUGGAUGACCAGACGGUGGCCCGCCUGGAACACGCCCGGGAGGAGAGGACUUUGGUGUUCACCAGCCGGUCCCUGCGUAUCAGCGAGACCAUCUUCGUCAAGAUCAACAAGUCGAGCGCCUCGCGGGCCGGCACCCUCUCCUACGGGGUCACCACGUGUGACCCGGGGACUCUGCGGCCCAGCGACCUCCCCUACAACCCAGAGGCGCUGGUGGACAGGAAGGAGUUCUGGGCUGUGUGCCGGGUGCCCGUGGCCUUGCAGAGCGGAGACAUCCUGGGCUUCAUGGUGAACUCUGACGGGGAGCUGCACCUGAGCCACAACGGGGCCAGUGCCGGCAUGCAGGUGUGCGUGGACUGCUCCCAGCCCCUCUGGAUGUUCUUCAGUUUACAUGGAGCCGUGACCCAGAUCCGCGUCCUGGGUUCCACCAUUCUGGCCGAGCGGGGGGGCCCAUCCCUCCCCAGUUCCCCGACCUCGACGCCCACUUCCCCUACCGUCCUCUGCAACGGGCUCUCGGACCCCAUCCUCAGCAUCUACGGCUCUGGCCCGCUGUGUAGCUCCAUUGGCGGCACGGCUCCGAAUUCCCCAGUCAGCAUGCCCGAGUCUCCCCUCUCCCCCUCGGUGUCCGGGUCGUGGAGCGACGAAUGCACCAUCUGCUAUGAGAACACGGUGGACACGGUCAUCUAUGCCUGCGGCCAUAUGUGUCUCUGCUACCCAUGUGGCCUGAGGCUGAAGAAGAUGGUCAAUGCCUGCUGCCCCAUCUGCAGACGGGCCAUCAAGGAUAUCAUCAAGACCUACCGUAGCACCUAGCCCCUCCCCCUGCGGCAACGCACGGCUGACGGGGCGGGGUCGAGGGAGGGGUGGGGGGAAAGCAGGGAGGGCCAUGGGGUGGGGCUGUGGGGGAGAGGCACCUCCUCUGUCUGCCCCUCCUCCAGAUCCUCGCACUCGGGACAUACUUUCGUGCCAAGGUCAAGAGCUCCAUGCCAAUGGAUGUCCCCUCCAACCGGCCCAGCCCCGGGCAGCAGGCGGAUGGGAGCAGCAGGGAUUCCCUCCCCUUUUCAACCAGCUUUUGCUAUUAAAGAGGGCAACGGGUGGGCUUCUAGUGCCCCUGUCGACUCCACCACACGAAGGUCUCUGAUGCUACUGUGUGGGGGCGGGAGGCGUGGGGUGAACUGCACCCAGUGGGCCAGGAAAUUUUCUGAUGCCUCGAAGAGCGGCCUGGAAGUCCAUCAGCCUGAGGGAGGGAGGACACGGGGCUUUAAGAGGGGCAGAAGGGCGGCCGUGGGAACGGCUGCCACGGAGAUGGGCAGAAAUUCUAGCGGGAAAAAGCUGGAACUCGAAGUCCCGCCCCAGACCCCUGGCAUAGCUGAGGAUAGAGCGCCGCCUGCUUCACGGAGAGCUGAGCACCGAGGAGCUCGUGACCUCACAGGCCAGCGGGAAGGGGAAGGACCGGUGGCUGAAUGCCGGUUGGACAGGGAGGCAGGUGAGGGUGGGGCACUCGGGCUCAGGGAGCCACUUCCCGCUCCUUCCUGCAAGGAUUCCCUUUAGGUCCUCCCCAGGAAGCUGCUUUCUGCUCCUUCUUGCAAGGACUCCCUUUGGAUCCUUUUCCUCUCUCCCCUUCUUCCCAGUCUGUUUCUGUCUCCCUGCAGCCUCCAGUGUGGGAUUGAAGGCAGCGUCCGCCCCACAGGCCACCCCGCAGCCGCAUGCUAUCUCUGGGGGCAGCAGCGUUCCCCCGUCCCCCCGGGGGGGUUUCUCGGAGGAAGAGCAGAUACCCGUCGCCCGCCCCCCUCCUCGUCCCCACCCUCUUGGCAGGGGAGGUGGGGAAGAGAGGUUGAAGGGUUUGAGGGAGCGUUCUCCCGAAUGCCCAGAGGUUGGGGGAAGUUGCCGUAUCCCCACAACCACAACCGCUGCCCUCCCGAUCCUCCCCCUACCCCGCCCCCGCCCCGCUCUCCGCCAGGGGGCCGGUUUGGUGGAUUUAUCCGUGUCUGUGGUUUCGUAGACUGUGACCUGCCCCUGGUACAGGGCAGAGUUGCCCUGUACGUUAGCUACAGUACUGGGGUUGUCCUUGGCUGUUAAGUGUGUCAACCCACAAUCAUCUCAUUCUUCCACGAGCCCUGCCCCAUGGGAUCAUUACAGGGCUUUUCACUCAGCUGCCAGGGGAUGUGGGAGCCUGGAAGUCGGGGGGGAAGGAGAGGGGAUCAGGGGUUUAUCGUCUCAGGAGCUGGAGGACCCCUAGCCUGAGAAGCUAGGGAGAACUCCCUUCCCCAGGUCUUGGACUCAUUGAGGCGUGGCCCACUGUGGUCAUCUCAGCCCUGUGGUUUCCUGUUCGGCUCUAGGAAGCCCCUACCCAGGACCGUGUGGGACCAGGUGGUGGGACUAGGCAGGGCCUAGGCCGGCAGGCAGGCAGACGGGGUCCAGCCUAUGACUAACAACCAACCUAGGGGGAGGGAGCUAAGGAGACCAGUAUAUCCAGUGGGGGAAUAGGCUCUCUGGGGCUGCAGUUCUCCAGCUGCCAUCCUGUUGAGGACAGGCACAAAGCUUUUUCCCCUGAUCUUGGCCCAGGCCCCACUUUCAGCUUAUUUAUUUCAAUUUAUUUAUUUCUGGAGGGUGAAUUAGUGCCUGGAGCAGUGCGAGCCCUCCCCUUUCAUUUGUCCAAAGGGCUCUGGGCAGAAGCAGCUAGGCUGGGGUCUCACCUGUCAUUUCCCCUCUUUCUCCGUGCUCACCAGUGCUUCGUUCCUGUCCUGAAGCUGUCGGUUUAUGUUUUCCUAAAAACUGGAUCCCUUAGCUAGCCCAGGUCCCACCACAGUCUAAGCCUCAGCCUCAGGAGCUACUGGGGAGAAGGCCUCCAUAUCAGCAGCCCCGUGGACUGAGGGAAGGGCUGGGGAGAGAGCUCAGCCUCAUACGAGUGCUGGAAGGGGAAGCAAAGCUCAGAGAAACCCCUCUGCUUUGUGCCUUUCCGGCAGGGUUAGCGUCUCCUGCCCCCGCAGGAUCCAGCUGCUACGAUAUGAUAUGGUACUCUCCCAAGUGCUUAGUAUAAUGCUGUGCACACAGUAAGCACUCAAUAAAUAUGACUGACCAGUGCCUGGAGCUGGGUUGUGACCUGACAGCUGUCAGUCAGUUGCAGCAGCUGCGGGGGAGGAGGAGGUGGAAGAUCCACAGAUCAUGGCCCUGGGGUGGAGGGGCAGGGGCUUGAGAGAGGUGGGAGUGAAAGGGGUGGGAGUGAAAGGGGUGGAGCCCCUUCUGUAGCCAUAGCUCCCCUCCCCUCUUUUAAACUUCAAUUUCAGUGCCCAUUGAGCUGACUUUUUACGGUUUCUAAAGUAACUCUUGCUGAAGUCUGUGCCUCCAUCAUGCCUCGUACCUGCCGGACAAUUGGGAAAAAAGGAGGAGUGCCCAGGGCUGGUUCAGUCCCCUAGAACUCUGGCACCUACUGUGGGCAUGGGAAGGGAGGGAGGUAUGGGUUAGCCAGGCCUGAACCCCAGACACGGUCCAAGGUGGAGGCUGUUCAGAUUGAGAGACAUCCAGGCUGACACCUCCAUCACUAAAGGGGCCCAACGGUUGCUGCUUUGGGAAUUUUGGAAAAUUUUACCACUUGGGAGAGUACAAUAAUGCUCUGCACAGAGUCAAUGCUCAGGAAAUACUAUUGAUUGAUUGAUAGAGGGAAAGCUCUGCCCUUUUGUUUAACAACUGCUACAGUGACUGCAGAUAUAGUAGAAACCAGGCGAAGCCAGAGAGUCGAACCGUGCCGGGCACUUCCUAGUUCCAGCCUCCUUGGGACUCAAAUUGCCCCAGGAGCCUCUGGACCAGAUAGUGCAACCCAGGUCUGUCUUCCUGCCUCCCCUGGGCCCAAGGGGUGAUUUGGGUGAGGCAGGAUGCCCACAGUAGGUGCUGAAGGAGCAAGCAGAUUUGGGAGCCACCUGGGCCCCAGGGAGGGCAGAGCGCCAAAAAAAGAGGGAAGAGAAAAGGUGAAGGAAAAGGUAAAGGAAUGUGCAAUAAAACAAUCGAGCUGAAAAUAAACAUGAGUUUCAAAAUGAGCAAGGCCACUUUUCUCCCCAGAUCCCCCAAACUCACCCAUCAAGAUGGGCCGCCAUUGGGGGCUCUCGUUGCCAUCGCUGAUGAAAACAGGGUACGGAGGAGGAGGAGGAAAAGGAGGAGAAGCAAGCAAUGCUUUCAGCUGGCUGGGGCUCCCCUUCAGUUCACCACAGGACACGCCCGGGGUCCUGUAUUGAUCAAUCUCGGGGUGAAUUAGGCCCCCACACCUCCCCAGCCAUUUCUCGGCCACGUCCCUCUGGCGGAGUCAGCAGGGGGAGGGGUUAGGGUUCCAAUGCCCAGGCACCUGGAUAAAGCAUCAAACCCACUGUGCCAUUGCAUUCUAAACAAAUCUGUCCCACUUGGUUAUUUUCCUUGUUUCGUGUUCUGUUAAAAUCUACUCUCCAUUGUGAAAUCUGGAUCAACGUGAUUGUGAAUAAAGUUAAUUGAGAUAUCCAGCUCUGA